AUGUUCAUUGAGACUCGACAAAGUCGAAAAGGAAAAAAAGUGGAUGAUGAAACACAAACUGCAAUUGAUAAGCUUCAAGAUUCUGUUAAGAACUCGACCGAAUCUGAGACAUCUACGUCAUUGUUUGGGAAAGAAAAAUUUGGUCGAGUACGUUGCUAUGGAAGAACAAAUACACCAACCAUGUUUAAAAGAAAUCAAGAAAUUUCGGUUAUUAAAAAGCAGCAUAGUGAUGAAGUGGCUGGAAUGAAGAGGGAGAUGGAUGGCAUGAAGGUACUUUUUAAGACCACGAUGAAGCAAGAAAACCCGCAUAUGAGUGACGAGAAGAUCUCUAAUAUGAUGGCAUCUGCGUUGGGAACUACCACUAAAUUGAUUCUAUUAAGAAUUGGUUUGAAAUGUUGUAGAAUUGGUUUGAAAUGUAUAAUAGAAUUGAAUGGUGAUGAAGAAGCUUGUGAUGAUGAUCAAGAUAUGGAAGAAGAACAAGAAGAAGGUUGUGAUGAUCAAGACGAAGAUGAAUAUUAUGAUGCAUGA